UUAAGAAACUCAAUGAGGCUAGUUAAUAAUUUAGAAACUACUAACGGAAAAAAUGUAGAUAUCKUACAUUACCUACAUCUAUGUACUUUGGAUAUAAUAUACGAUGGCUUGUUAGGCAACGAUUUAGAUUUGCAGAAUAAUCCGGAAUGCAAACUUAAUGAAUAUAUAACAGAAUCGAUGGAAAAAGUUAUGAAAAGGGCUUUCCAAUUUUGGUUACAUCCAGAUAUUAUAUUUCGCAAUUCAUAUUCAGGAAAAAGACUAAAAAAACUGACUUCACGCAUUGAUAAGAUUACGAGCGAGAUUAUAAGGAAAAAAAAAGCAUCGAUGGAAGUUAAUAAAGUUACUGAAGAAUUGCAACAGUUAGAUGCAAAUGAAGGAAAAAACACGAGUAUAUUUCUAGACCUAUUAUUCAAAUCAUUUUACGAAACAGGAGAAUAUUCGGAGGAAGAUAUUCGUGAUGAAAUUCAUACAUUUAUUUUUACAGUAAGUUGA